AUGAGUAGGAGGAACUCCACCAGUGUGCCUGACUUCAUCCUCAUGGGGCUAAUGAACUCUGCAAAGAGGCAGCUGGUCCUCUCCGUGGUCUUUCUUCUGAUUUACCUGAUCACGGUGCUGGGGAAUGCAGUGAUGAUAUUGAUUAUUCGCCUGGACCCCCAGCUGCACACCCCCAUGUACUUUUUCCUCACUCACCUGUCAUUUCUCGACCUCAGCUACUCGAGUGUCAUCACCCCUAAAACCUUACAGAACUUACUGACUUCCACCAAGAGCAUCUCCUUCCUGGACUGCUUUACCCAGUUGUUCUUUUUUAUAGUCUUUGGUGUUGCUGAAUGUUUCCUUCUCUCCUCCAUGGCCUAUGAUCGCUAUGUAGCUAUCUGCAGCCCCCUGCACUAUCCAGUCAUUAUGUCCACAAGACUGUGCUGGUCCCUGCUUGUUGGCUCCUAUGUUAUUAGCUUUGUGGAUUCCACUGUGAAUGUGGUUUGCAUAAGCAGAUUGAACUUCUGCAAUUCUAAUGUCAUCCAACACUUCUUCUGUGACACAUCCCCAAUUUUAGCCCUGUCCUGCAGUGAUACGUUUAAGAGCCUUUGGGUUCCUCCCCUCACCCCCAGACUGGCUGGUACCCUCACCCUGCCUUUUCUGCAGCUGUUGAUGGCCCAUCUCUUCCCUAACCGAAUGAUCGAUUUUGUGAAACUGCUCUCAGUCCCUGGUAACCUGAGGAAUCAGGCCAAGAAAUCCUCCCUGGAAAUUUCUCCCGAGGAUGAGCAAAGGCUGCAGUGUCCUGAAUGCACCGUAUAUGAGGCUGACUGGGAGGAGAGGCACACACUGCUCUGUCUCCAUUCACAGCUCCUCAUCAGACUCUUCUCAGAGGAAACUUCCGGGAGACUUUUCCAUUUGAUCAAGAUUUAUACAGAAUUUCAAGGGUGA